AUGUAUGUGAAAUGGUUUGAUACAGUAAUGUUAUACUAUGAUUUUAGUGAUUUUAGUAAAUGUCACUUUUUGUCAUUUUCGAAUUUCCCGCCGUUCCGUCCCCGUACGUCCCGACGCUCGCAGGGGACGGAACCCAGAUGACAGAUGGCAGCAUGCGCCGGAUUACAUUGCCGGGGACACUGCAGGAUGGAUAUCGCGGGGAGUGCAGGACAAGGUAAGUGAUGGAGGGAUUGCAGAGCAACGCCGCAGGGUAUUCCCGAGUGUAGAUUGGGGUUACCACUUGUGCUACACUCGGGAAUACCGCCAGGGAGGUUAAG